GGAGUGCCGGAGUGGUAGACACAGAUCUCGCGUGUGGUGCCGCCGCCCCGCGCGUGCUCCGCCACUGACCGGAGCGCCACCAAAUUCCUCCCCAUUUCGAAUCAGCCAAACCGUCGCCGAACCCUAGCCCCGGCGAUCUCGCAUGGCCACCCACCCGCGAUCUCUCCACGCCCGGCUCGGCGGCGGCGCAGUCGCCGACGUGCUGCUGUGGCGGCGGAGGAACGCCUCGGCGGCGGCCGUGGUGGGCGCCACGGCGGUCUGGUUCGUCUUCGAGCGCGCGGGCUACAGCCUCCCCUCGGUCCUGGCCAACGCCCUGCUCCUCCUCGUCGCCAUCCUCUUCUUCUGGGCCAAGUCCGCGUCGCUGCUCAACAGGCCUCUUCCACCUCUUCCUAAUCUAGAGGUUUCAGAUGUGGUUGUUGAGAAAGCUGCAGAUCGUGCUCUUGUAUGGAUCAAUAGAGUGCUUGCUGUUGGCCAUGAUAUUGCCAUCAAGAGAGAUAGGAAAACUUUUAUAAGGGUGAUAUUAAUACUCUGGGUGGUUUCGUAUGUUGGAAUGCUCUUCAACUUCCUUACGCUCAUUUACAUUGGGGUAAUGCUUUCUCUGUUGGUUCCACCACUGUAUGAGAAGUACCAGGAUCAUGUUGAUGAAAAGCUCGGUGUAGCACACAGUGUACUAUCAAGGCACAUAGAUACCAUCAUUACCAGGGCGGGGCAAGCCAAGCAGAAGAAAACUGAGUAAAAGAAAUGUUUUGGCUGUAUUCUGGAACAUCUCCGGUUCUCUAGUGGAGUUGACGUGAGCCUUUCAUCUUUGACUAUCCAUAUCUAUGAUCUCCACUAAAAUUAAUUUUCGAUAUGCUGAUCUGAGGUUUUGAUGCGCAUUGUUUUCAAGCUGAGAAAUGAGGUGGCUUGUGUAUUUUUCUUUCUGAACAUGAGGUUUACUAUGGGCGCAUAUCGUACUCGCAAUGAUAUUGGAUAUUGCAAACUCGUACAUACAAGAAUGCCGGCUGCUUGCGCAGUUAACCAUACGAUCUUGUCGUCACUGAUUUUAAUUUUAAACUCCCCCUGAGGAACUUUGUGGAGCUCGCUCUAUGCGGCUAUGCCCAACUGCUGGUAGGUCGUAUUAUGAAAGACCUAAUAAGAACCACACCUAUUUGACAUGGGUAGUUGGCCAGUUGUGUCGUGUGAAUGGCUGAUUAUCUUUGUUCACGGUUCUGUUUGGCUGUACCUGUACUUUGUAUUACUCCAUCCCUUUUCUUUUUACAAGGGAAGAUCUUUAGAAGUAUAAUUUGACC